AUGGGAGAGGGAAUACAGAGAACUGAACAAGAACUUCAUGGCAUGGUGCAGAAGCACCAGAACCACCUCCAGAUUAAUACUGGGAAAACCAAAGAACUUGUUGUGGACUUCCACCGCAGCACAACAGCAGCAGAGGCAAAGAAACGGAACAAACUGGUGAAGAAAGCAGGCUCUGUUCGGGGCUGUAACCUUGACGCUGUGGAGGUGGUGGGGGACAGGAGAAGGAUGACAAAACUGUCAUCAAUCCUGGCUAACAUCAACCACCCCCUGCAUGGAACAGUGGCAGCCCUCCGGAGUGAUGGUGAUGAUGGACAUCAACUACUACACUACGGCCUUUCAGUUCAUCCAGGACCAGUCCUGGCUCCCUCCACUGCCAUUCUGCUCCUCUGUCUGCUGGGCAUCCUGAUGCCAGUCCACUGUCAGGAUGAAGAUAGUCUAGAUGACGAUAGUCUGGAUGACGAUAGUCUGGAAGACAAGAUGACCAAAACAGUAUCUGAUCUAAUUGAGGAGGCCAACAAGAAUUUAGGACAAGAGCCUGGUGACCCUGAGAUUGUAGAUGGUGACGUUGUUGUCUCUACUGGGCUCCAGAAUGCGGACCCCUGCACUGCCAGGAAAUGCAAGUGGCCUUCUUCCUCAAACGGCCUGGUCUACAUCCCAUAUGUCCUCUCCAGUCGAUACUCGGUCCGUGCCAAGCGUUACAUUAAGAGAGCCAUGCAGUCCUUCACCAACUCCACCUGUGUCCGCUUCAGAAGGCGCAGAAGGGAGAGGGACUAUUUGUACAUCCAAUCAAGAAAAGGGUGCUGGUCCAAACUAGGCCGCCGAGGGCGAAAGCAGGUCAUCUCCUUGGGCAAAGGAUGUGUGUACCGCAAAACAAUCCAGCAUGAACUCCUGCAUGCUCUGGGCUUUAAUCAUGAGCAGAAACGCAGCGACCGCGACUUACAUAUCAAGGUUCUCUGGAACAAUGUCAGAAAGGGGAAGAAGCACAACUUCCGUAAAGUUGCCACCAACAACCUGGGAACCCCUUAUGAUUAUGGCUCAAUCAUGCAUUACUCAAAGAAGGCAUUCAGUCGUAAUGGGAAACCCACUUUGGUCGCAAUUCCAAACCCCAACGUGGUAUUUGGGAGGGCCAAAAAAAUGAGCCGCCAAGACAUCCGCCGAGUCAACCUCCUCUACGGAUGCAAAUGAGUUAGGGCGUGGCUCACCAUAAACACGGCACUUCAAGCAUUUCUUCCAAAUGGCACAUUUUCCCAUACAAAUUGAUUUUGAGCUGAGCUGACCAUCUCAUAAAAACUAGACUGUGAAGCUUUCAAGCAAAUGGCAAUAAAGAAAGAGCAAUACAGUUGCCUCCUGAGUCUGUGUGCAUGAAAUUGUAAUUAUUUUUAUUUUACACUCAAUAAUCAAGAUGGUAUUUUGUCACAUGCUUCCCUCUACAUGUGCAAUUGUCAUAUAAGCGAAAUGGAGUCGUCAACAAAAACUCUCCUGUGCAAUAAAGAAUCUGUAAUAAUAAAGAAACACUGAAUAGUCAAACAUUUAGUCAAGCAUAAAU